UUUUGAAGGAUACAUUUAAAUGCUGCUCUUGUUACAGAACAUACAAGUAGCUAUCUCUAUAAUCGUCUAUUUGCACCGAGAACUUCAUAUAACAACAUAUUAACACAAUUAUUGUGUAAGAAAUUAACUGCUACACAUUAAACUACAUUAAUGGAUAUCUUCACAAACCAACACGCAAGUUCCUCAGCCAAUGAGCCAAUAGUAUACCUCAGCAAGCUAAACUGUGUCACUGCCUUUUAUAAAUACAGCGUAAACGUCAUCAGUCAGUGACCCAAUAGAAAUACAUGACAACCAGCUGAAUUGACACGUCAUCUGUCGCUAGGAGCAAGAGAGAAAAAGGCUGCUGUGAGGAGUCCCCCAAUCUGUGAAGUUUGCUGAGGGGUUACUGGUUAUAAGCCUGUUCUGUUGGGCUGAAUCUGUGCCAGAGGGAACAAACAUUGUGCGGGCCGCCUGGCCCCAAGACCCACAAAAGCUCUUCUGAUCAGGUCUUCUUUUGAAAAGUGAUUCACAGACGCACUGUCUAAUCAAAGCAGGCGCUAGAUUGCGCUAUUAAACUAAAUGUAGCAUGCUCCCGAUACUUGAUAAGAAGAGCCUGGAGAGGAAACAAGUACUGGGACUCCAAUCCUAUUACACUGUUCAUGGCGACACUGGAUUGCCUAGCCGGGUGACGUCACGACCGGAGGAGGAGUCGAGCAGCGUGUCAGCGUGGAGACCAGCUGAGCAGAGUUGAAGCAAGGAACUACUACGGAGCUACGGAGUUCCAGACAGAGACGCACAAGUGGAUCUCAUCGGACGGAGGUCACGCUAUGGGUAAUAGAAACAACCAACAUUGCAAAAGUGUUUUCCUUUCCCCUAAAACCGUUAUCACCAGCAGAGGGCAAUAUAUAUACUCGCUGUUUGUAUAAUGCACGGGUUUAACAGGGGUCUCUUCCACAAGACGGAGUGAUUGCUCAUGAGAUGGAACAGAAGUUGGCAGAGUUCAGAGCCAGAAAAGUGACUCUUCACCAAGAACGAGGAGACACUGAGAAAAGCUUAAAAAAAGAAUCUGAAGAGAUGGGACCAAGAGAAAAAACAUUUACAGUGAGGAUGAGAGAGAAACUUUAUGGGACAUGGGCAAGAAUGUGGAGUAAGAAUGUUUCAGUCCCUCAGAGUACAGAGGUCCAUCAAACAUCUCCACAAGUCCCAGGAGAAGACAUCUUGGAACCUUUUGUUCCGUCCUCACAAAACUAUUUCCUGAGCUAUAAUUUUUUCUUGAAGAUUCUCUUGUGGUUGGUGUUGCUUGGCCUUUUUGUGGAGCUGGAGUUUGGCUUGGCUUAUUUCAUUAUUUCCAUGUUUUAUUGGUUGUAUGAAGGAACAAGAGGACCUGGCGAGAAACGAAGGGGAGAGAAGAGUGCUUACUCUGUGUUUAACCCAGGCUGUGAAGCUAUCCAGGGUACAAUAACUGCAGAACAGUUUGAGAGAGAGCUACUUUAUGGAACUGUCUUUUGAAUUUCAAUUUGAAGAACUCAAAUGAAAAAAAAAUAUUUUAUAAACUUGGACUUGUGCUGAAAGCCUUUUCUCUUAUACAUCAUAAAGCAUAUGAUACAGAAUUAAAUGGGUUGAGAAGAGCGAUGUACGGAAUGUCACUCUAUAGUAUGGGGUCUAUCAACAAAUGUUUAACUUGUAUGCUGUUCGUUUAAAUCUUCUAUUGAUUUGUGUUAAUACUUUUUUUUUAAUUGCAUAUGUCCCAUAGUUCUGUAUAUUUUGUUUAUAUACACUAAGGACAGUUUUUGAGUCUAGACUUGGAACAUAACUAAAUGACAAUAACUAAAAAUUGUGUUAAAACCGUAUUUAAGAGUAAGUGACCAUGGUUAGAUUUUUUCUCCUUGUGGCAUUGUCUCUAAAAGAUUUAUUGUCUAGGAACCUCUUUGCAGUUCUAAUUAUACAUUACACUAUAUGUUAGUUAUUAUGUUGUAAUUUGUAUUUAUACUGCAGGUACCCAUUUUUGAAGAAGUAUUUGCAUAUUAUCUAAGGUCUACUUUACAAUGAUUUUACUAAAUGUCAUCCUUAAAAAUAAAAAAAUACCAAUAUUAGUCGAGAUAGAUGAUUUAUAAAGGAGAAUAAAAUUCUUAGACAUUAUCUGAAUUUUAAUAAGACAGGAGCCAAAUAUUUUGCUUAACUUUUUUGCUGAACAUAACAGCAGAACAGAAACGCUCUGUGUACCGUAGCAUUUAGUAGCCAAUCAGAAAGCAGAAACAGAAUAAAGGGAUGCAGAACUUUUUUGCUGAACAUAACAGCAGAACAGAAACGCUCUGUGUACCGUAGCAUUUAGUAGCCAAUCAGAAACAGAAUAAAGGGAUGCAGAACGUUUUUGCUGCUUUUUUUGACUGUUACAGGUACUGUACUGUUGUGCCAUUAAUCUCUUUUGGCAUUUAUCUAGCACAUGCCUUUCAGUGUAACUAUUUUCUUUUUAUUAUUGUUAAGUUGUACUAUUCCUGUCACUAUUUUGUCUUUGACUUUUCCUUUCAGUCUCCAUUAUUAUUUUUAAGUACACGUGAUAUAACCUUUGUUGAGUUAUAAGGAACAAAAAAAUGUACUUGAAUUGAUCAAAAGUAAUAUAUGGUGUCUCUCAGGGAUAAGUACUGGGUCCAGUUCUUUUUAUGAAUUAUUUAGAAUUAAAUAGCAACUUUUCUAUCUUUGCAAAUGAUAUUAAAUUGCUUAAGUUGACUUGUGUCAGGGUAGGGUGCAAUUGCUCAGUGUUGCUAAAUAUGGAGGAAUAGGCUGCUAAUUGGCUGUUUAAUUUAAUAUUUUACUUUUUGAAGACAAAAUAAGCUUCUACCUAUUCAUUAAAGGGACAGUCAACACCAAAAAUGUUAUUGUUUAAAAAUAUAUAUAAUUCCUUUAUUUACUAUUCCCUAGUUUUGCAUAACCAACACUGUUAUAUCAAUACACUUUUUACUUCUAUGAUUACCUUGUAUCUAAGCUACUGCAGACUGCCCCCUUAUUUCAGUUCUUUUGACAGACUUGCAUUUCAGGCAAUUAGUGCUGACUCUUAAAUAACUGCACUAGAAUGAGCACAAUGUUAUCUAUAUGGCACACAUGAGCAAACAGUACAUGUUGUUAUUAGCUAUUCAGAGCCAGACUGUAAAAUAAGAGGUGGUCUGCAGAGUCUUAGAAAUCAACCUAUGUAGGGUUAGCCUUUAGCAAAAAAUACAAAGAGAAAACAGCUAGUUUGAUAAUGAUAGUAAAUUGGAAAGUUGUUUAAAAUUAAAUGCCUUAUCUAAAUCAUAAAA